AUGCUGCAUGAACCGUCGCACGCGGGGCCCCGUAUCCGCAAUCCCCAACUCGUUCGCCAGAGUCAAUCGACCCAUGUCCUGAUCGUACCAGCCUUAGUUAGUCUACUGGCCCUCAUUCUGAGAACCGGCCGAAGGGAUAAACGCCUCCCUACAGGGCCUCCAACGGUGCCUGUGCUUGGCAAUCUCCAUCAGAUUCCACGGAAAGGAUCUUACUUGAAAUUUACCGAGUGGGUGAAGCAGUAUAGUGGUCUAUAUUUCUUGAAACUGGGCACUGCCACGGUAGUCGUUAUCACCGAUCACUGUAUUAUCAAAGAACUUAUCGAUAAGAAAAGCGUAAAAUAUAGUAAUCGACCAGCCUUAUAUAUCUCGCACGAUCUCAUGAUAUCGGGAGACCAUCUCCUGCAUUUCAUGGAGUCGAUGGUCGAGAAGUAUUACCUUAAGGUCCAGAAUGCGGAAGCAGUACAGAUGCUUCGUGAUAUAUAUGUGUAUCCGGAUCAGUAUAUGCGCCAUUCUAAACGCUUUAGUAAUAGUAUUAUUAUAAAUUUGGAGAACUGGUCACAGUUAAUGGAGCUGGGUACUACUCCUCCAGUUGACAUCUACCCGUUGUUCCACUAUAUACCGCAGAGACUGCUUGGCAACUGGCACUCGAGAUCGAAAGAUGUAGGGAAGGAGAUGAACGACUUAUAUUCGGGUGUAUUGAUAGAAGGGGGCUUUGAUACCACGAGCUCCCUUGUUCUGGCAUUUAUCUAUGCGAUGAUUAAGUGGGGUUAUGUACUAAAGAAGGCACAAGUGGAAAUUGAUAGCGUCAUUGGCGAAGAUUGUAUCCUGGGCAUGCAUUACGACGAAGCUAAGUUCUCGAACCCCGAUACAAUACUGGCUCCUGAGCUUGCAGUAUCAUUAGAUUAUAAAAGGCACGAUCACUACGGUUAUAGGUUGGGACGUCGCAUCUAUCCUAAUAUCUACCUCGCAGAACGGAAUCUUUUUUUAGCGUUUGCGAAACUUAUCUGGGCAUUUUCAAUUGAGCCCGGUAUAGAUGAGAACGCAAAACCGGCUAAAUAUAACUUUAGCCUAUACAUUGGUUAUAGUGAGGGCUUCUUGGUAUAUACGAAGGACUUCCCUUGCGUGAUUAAGCCAUGGUCGGAGGCCCGACAGACCACCAUUAUAAAAGAGCUCGAGGAGACCCAGCGGAAUGUUUUCCCGCGAUUUAAAACUGUAUGA